UUAACUGUAAUACCUAAUGUGACUAAAAAAAGAUGCCGUCACCAGGGCGCUUUCCAGCGCCAAGCGAAGAUGAUAUACAAGAAGCUACCAAUGAAACUUCUACCGCCAGAACGAAGCGUCCGAAGUAUAGCCAUGAAACACUUUUGGACGAACUUACUAACAUAGAUUUUGAUCAACGCAACCUUCACAGAGUUGUCUUAAACUAUUUAAACACUAACAUGUGUAAGGAUACUUAUGUCAACUUCCUAAGGGAGUCUGGAUUCAUAGGUCCCAGUCUUUCGGACACCAUAUCGCAUAGAAGGCGUGUGAAAGAUGCUAUAAUCUCCGGAAACAGCACUGAGGCUCGCAAGCUUAUGGAUGAAAUCGAUCCCAGUAUACUGCAGAAAAACGUGCGUAUAAUGUUUAACCUGCUAGCCAAUGAAGUCAUUGACGCCAUUAAAUCGGGUAACGUUGCACUUGCAAUUGAAUAUGCACGGAACAAACUGGCUCCAUGCGUAAAGGAAGAAAAUGCACUACUAGAGAAGUUGGAAGCAAUAAUGGGCCUCAUUACAUUUUCCGACUUUAACGACCCCGACGUAUCGCAAGCUGUAAAUAAUAUACAACAAUUGGAACAUACAGCGCAAAUGGCAGAUGUCGCUAUAUUGGACUACUUUGGGCAAGAAUCGUACGUUACCCUGGAGUCCCUAGUUAAAGAGGCAAUGUGGCUACAGCAACAACUAUCCAGUGAAGAUGACUGGGGCCGGCUGUAUUAUUACGAUAUAACACGCGCAGGAAUCACAAUAAAUGAAGAAGAGACAAAUGAAGAGUGACCAUAGGUAAUAUAACUGUUACGUCACUAGUCAACGACCCCAAC